CUCUUUGUCGCGUGUAAUCGAGUAAAUACGGUACGAUGAUUUCAGUUUCAGUUAGCUUAGUCUGACUUUAACGACACCGUUAGUGCAAACUAACGACUACAACAACAACAACAACAACUGAAAGAAUCCAUAAUCAUUGUAAAAGCAGGCGAUAUAUCGUCGGUGAGAGUUGUUUUCCAUUGUUAAUAAUGGCUCUACGCGUAUACGGCGCUGUUCUUCGCUCGACCUGUAGCGGUAAUGUAAUGUUAAAGUUUCCAUUAGUUCAUCAUGGCCUCACAUCAGUCCGGUUCAAAAGUUCCUGUCCAGUUCACAUCAGUCACCUGGACCACCUUGUGCUCACAGUUCGAGACCUGAAUAAAACCACUAAAUUUUACUCCACAGUUUUGGGGAUGGAGGUCAUCACUUUUAAGGGAGACCGGAAAGCUUUGAGUUUUGGAGAGCAAAAGUUUAACCUGCACCAGGUUGGAAAAGAGUUUGAGCCCAGAGCCAAAAUCCCAACACCAGGAUCUGCUGACUUGUGCCUUAUUACCAAAACCCCACUAAUGACUGUUGCUGCCCAUCUCAAGGCGUGUGGAGUGACGAUAGAAGAGGGCCCAGUGGACAGGACCGGGGCUGUGGGUCUCAUCAGCUCACUGUAUUUUCGUGACCCUGAUGACAACUUGAUUGAGGUCUCCAACUAUCAUAGAUGAUUAUUUGAUUAUCUAAAGAUCCAUAUAAAACACUAUUUUGCUUUAAUAAUAAUAAUAAUAAUAUAAUAUUAUGCCUCUACAAAAAUACAACACUUUCCAGCAGUCUUUUAUAUAUUUUAAUUUGUUGUUUUGGCAGCACAGUUCUUAUUUUCAUCACAUGAAGACUUAUCAUUAUUUUAUUUCAUAAAAUGCAAAAAAAUCCAUUAAAUGAUAUGAUACUGUAUAUAAAUGUGUUUGUAUUCUAUAAAAAAUUGACUCAUAUAUUUCAUAAUGCUUUGGAUUUUGCUGUAACUAGAAUAUAAUGUUGUAGAAUUUGUUUAAAUGAACAAUUUUAUUUGAAAUGUCAAAGAAAUUUACCCAGUAAAAAAAUCUAUUAUCAUUUUUAUAAUAUAAUUAUAACACAUUUUAUAUGCUUAUGUGUGGCCCUGGACCAGUCAAAAGGGUAAAUUAUUUGAAAUUGAGAUUUAUAAAUUACAAUAAAUCAGCUUUCCAUUGAUGUAUGGUAAAACAUUUGGCUGUGAUACAAUAUUUAAAAAUCUGAAAUCUGAGGAUGCAAAAAAUCAAAAUAUUGAGAAAAUCACCUUUAAAGUUGUCCAAAUGAAGUCCUUAGCAAUGGCAUCCCCUCACAAAAAGUAACAAUUUAAGAUAUUUAUGGUAGGAAAUACAUCUUUACUUAAUAUCCUAAUGACUUUUGGCAUAAGGAAACUCUAAUAAUUUUGACCCAUACCAUGUAUUGUUGGCAUGCUAUAAAUAUACCCGUGCUAUUUGUGA